CAGUUUUACAGGUUUCUAUCUCCAAACUCAAAACAAGGCUGUUUAUGAACAUUUGUCAUUUUCUCUUCUAGAAAAUUAACUUUAUAUACAUCUAUAGAUUCUCCACUUAAAUUUACUGUAAUCCCUUAAAUUCUUCUCUCUCUCUCUGUUUUUCCUUUCCCUUUCUUUCUUGCUUCCCACAUUAGUUUUCUCCAAGUAAGAUUUUUCCAGCUUCUCCUUCUUGUUAUCUUCCCACUAAAAUAACUUGUGGAUAUAUUUUCUCAGUAUCCAAACAGCUUCUUUUUCCUCGAAAGGAGCUUCAGGUGUCAUGUGGCUUUGAAAACAGAGGAGACUUGGAAAGAUUUUCUCGGGAAACUCAUUCAACCUCCCGAGAAAAUUCCCGCAGUCACGAAUUCUGUUUGGUUCACAGAAUUUGAUAAUUGGGUUUGUGUCAGAGUGAAGAUAGAGAGAGCCGAAAGAAAACAUUGGAGAAAGACAUAGAAGGAAACUACCUUUUGAAGUUCGGAUUCCAGCAUCCCUCAAAUUUUCCGCUAUUCCACGCAAUAAUGGAGUUCUACAUCUGUUUACCAUAGUCAAAUGAUCAUUUUGCCCCUCUGAAAUUCUCACAAUGGCCAAAACUCCACUCCUCUCCCUCCAAAUUCUGAUGACUACCUUCCUCCUAUGCUUCUUUUUCCUUUUCCCGCCUUCCACGUCCUCAACGGUCGAAAUCAAGGCACUUCUCGAGUUCAAAAACCAGCUCCAAGACCCUUUGAAUUAUCUAGAUUCCUGGAAAGAUGCGGAGUCUCCGUGCCACUUUGCUGGAAUUACUUGUGAUCCGAACACCGGUCGAGUCACGGGAAUUUUGAUAGACAAUAAGUCCAUAGCUGGCGAGAUACCGGCUUCUAUUUCUGUUCUGCAGAGCCUCACAUCUCUGGCGGUGACGACGAAUUUGAUUUCCGGGAAUCUUCCGGCCCGGCUGAACAAUUGCAGCAGCCUCAGAGUUUUGAAUCUCACCGGAAACUAUAUGAAUGGCAGCCUGCCUGAUCUUUCUUCUCUGACAAAUUUGGAGAUUAUUGAUGUGUCAUCGAACUCCUUUUCUGGUAAAUUUCCUACCUGGGUGGCAAAAUUAACUCGGUUGACUGUAUUAGACCUUUCGGACAAUGACUAUGAUGAGGGCGAAAUCCCGGAGAGCCUUGGAAAUCUGAAGAACUUGACAUUUCUUAAUCUGGGUGCUUCGCGGUUGAGAGGUGUAAUCCCUGAAUCGAUAUUCGAACUCAAGGAACUGCAGACACUGGAUAUUUCCGCGAACAAGAUCUCCGGCAAUUUCCCCAAAUCUAUAUCCAAAUUGCAAAAUCUCAACAAAAUCGAGCUCUAUAAGAACAACUUGACAGGAGAACUUCCGCCAGGGCUUGCGAAGCUCACUCAAUUGGAGGAAAUUGAUAUAUCGAGGAAUCAAAUGCAUGGGGAAUUGCCUCCGGGGAUCGGUGAUCUGAAGAAACUAAAAGUUUUUCAGCUGUCUCUGAACAACUUCUCAGGAAAAAUACCUUCAGGAUUCGGAGAUUUGCGUCAUCUUGAUGCCUUUCACAUCUUCCAGAACAGUUUUUCAGGAGAAUUCCCAGAAAAUUUUGGCCGGUUUUCGCCGUUGACUAGUUUAGACAUAUCAGAGAAUCAGUUUUCUGGUGCCUUUCCGAGAUAUUUGUGUGAGAGUGGGAAGUUGCGGUUCUUGCUUGCUGUGGAAAAUAAAUUUUAUGGGGAGCUACCGGAUUCUUAUGCCGCUUGUAAGUCCUUAGAGAGGUUGAGGAUCAGUCAAAACCGCCUGUCCGGGAAAAUCCCAGAUAGCUUUUGGGCACUGCCUUAUGCAAAAAUGGUUGAUCUUAGCGACAAUGAUUUUACCGGAACGAUUUCUCCAGAUAUUGGGGUUUCCACCAGCUUGAAUCAGUUGGUAUUGCUGAACAACCGGUUUUCGAGUAAUCUUCCACCAGAAAUUGGAAAGCUGACACAGUUAGAAAAGCUCCAGUUGAGUAAUAAUGAGUUCUCCGGCAAUAUACCUUCUGAAAUCGGCCUUCUACAGCAGUUGUCUUCUUUGUAUUUGUAUGAUAACUCAUUUGCAGGAUCAAUACCAGCAGAAUUGGGUGAAUGUGCUAGGCUGGUGGACAUAAAUCUUGCUCGGAAUUCUUUAAGUGGUAAUAUCCCUGAUACCCUUUCGCAUAUGAGAAAUCUGAAUUCUCUGAAUCUUUCGGGAAAUAAACUUACUGGUCCAGUGCCAGAAAGUUUACAGAAAUUGAAGCUAAGUUCCAUUGAUUUGUCGAACAACCAACUAUCGGGACGAGUUCCAUCUGAUCUUCUUACUACGGGAGGAGACCGAGCAUUUUCAGGAAACAAGGGGCUAUGUAUUGAUAAAAGUUCCACAACCCAGGUGAAUUUGGGGAUGGCUGUUUGUGAAGGGGAGCAUGGUCACAAAGGAUUUAUAGAAAGUAAACUAGUUAUGUUCUCCCUCAUACUGUCUGCCUUGGUUGUUAUUCUAGGUGGCUUAUUGCUUGUGAGUUACCGGAACUUCAAACUCAAUGAAGGCGCAGAAAAUGAUCUGGACGGGGAGAUGGAAAAAGAUCCGAAAUGGAAGCUUGAGUCUUUUCACCCGGUGGAGUUCAAUGCAGAUGAAAUAUGUAACUUGGAUGAGGAGAAAUUGAUUGGAAGCGGAGGUACAGGUAAAGUUUAUCGGUUGGAUUUGAAGAAAGGCCGUGGAACAGUGGCUGUGAAGCAAAUAUGGAAGGGAAAUGAGGUAAAGGUUUUGACAGCAGAAAUGGAGAUUUUGGGGAAGAUCAGGCACAGAAAUGUACUGAAGCUUUAUGCCUGUCUAAAGAAAGAAGCGUCGAGUUUCUUGGUGUUAGAGUACAUGCCUAAUGGUAACCUUUUCGACGCACUUCAGCAAGAAGUCAAGGGAGGGCAACCAGGAUUGGAUUGGUACCGGCGGCACAGAAUUGCUCUCGGAGCUGCAAAGGGACUGGCUUAUUUGCAUCAUGAUUGUUUCCCACCUAUUCUCCACAGAGAUAUCAAAUCAACAAACAUUUUACUUGAUGAGGAUAAUGAACCAAAAAUUGCUGAUUUUGGGGUUGCUAAGAUCACAGGAGGGUCCCCUAGGAUGUCUGAAUCCAGCUGUUUUGCUGGCACUCAUGGUUACAUCGCACCCGAGCUGGCCUAUACUCUAAACAUCACCGAAAAGAGUGAUGUGUAUAGUUUUGGUGUGGUGCUGCUAGAACUAGUUACUGGUAGGAGACCAGUAGAAGACGAUUAUGGAGAAGGAAAGGACAUAGUUUACUGGGUUUCAGCUCAUCUGAAUAACCGCGAAGAUGUUCUCAAAGUUCUUGACCCUAAAGUGGUGUCUGAUCUUGUCCAAGAUGACAUGAUAGAAGUGUUGAAAGUUGCUAUGCUUUGCACCACCAAGCUGCCAAAUUUGCGCCCUAGCAUGAAAGACGUCGUGAAGAUGCUUGUUGAUGCUGCACCUUCCACUGUCACGUCUCAAGACAAUUCCGACAAGAAUUAAAAGGUUUUGCCCUAGUUCUUUCUCACUUUAAGCAGCUUAUCUUUUGUUCUUGAAAAAUUUUGUGCAAAUUUUAGGUCCGGUUGUGCAUGCCAGCCAAGUAUGGCAAAAUUUAUGUACUCAAUUUUAGUUUUUAUAAUUAAAAGCUUUAGUGUACCAUCGAUGGAUUGGUGUUGUAUUCCACCUUAAUUGAAGUUAUUAUUGUAUAUAGUAUAUACUGCAAUCUUUGACGGAACUUAUUGGCAUUACCCAUCUUUUAAUAUAAACCGUAUUACAUUUUUUUUUUUUU